UCAUAUAAGGAUACAUAUGGAUAAGACCUAUAUAUGUCUAGCUGUUCCCACUCAGGCCAUUGCUACAUGCUUUGGGAAGAUGCUGGUGCUGAACUGUUCCAUGAAACUGCAGAUGCUGGAGAAAAUGUUAAUGCAGAACUUCCCCAAAUCACACAAAGUUUAUGGAGCAGUGCUGAAUAUCAACAAAGGCAAUCCCUUCAGGAAGGAAGUGGUGGUGGAUUCGUGGCCGGAUUUCAAAGUUGUCAUCGCCAGGCAGCAGAUAGAGCUUCUCAGGUGGUGUCAACUUGGAGUGGGAAGGGAGUAGCAAGGCUUGCACUCUCCAACACCCUGCAGAGUAGGUGACUUGGCUGAUUCCUGGGAAUAUAGUAGAUUACCUAGAAAUAUAGUAGAUUCUUCACCACUUGAAAUCCUUAAAUCAAGACUGGAUGUCUUUUUGAAAGAUGUGCUCUCUCUAAUAGAAGUUACAGGCUUGAUGUAGAAAUUACUUGGUGAGGUUCUCAGGCCUGCAUUGUGUAGGAGGUCAGAGUAGAUCAUAAUGGCUCCUUCUGGCUUUAACAUCUAUGAAAUUGUGGAGAAUGUAUUGAAUGGGGAAGAAAAAAGUGCAGUAACACUGAGGGUUUUGAAGAUUUCAGAUGUGCAAACAGCUUCAUAGUGAAUCCAAGCUUUGUUUUUUGUUUUUUUUAUUUCCAUGUGCAUUUUUUUUUAAAUGAGUCACUAUUUAUCUUUGCCUACACAGGGCUCCAGGAUGGAUUAUAUGAAGCAUCCAACACUGACUUGUUUAGACCUACCAACAAUGUGAAACUAUCCUCUUUCCAGAUGUUUAUCCUCCCAGACCCUGACAUGCUGCCAGACGUCAGAACUCAGUAUGUCCAAUCACAUCCUUCCUAUUUUCAAUAAAUAUGAUAAUACUUAGCUCAUAUCUAGCACUUUUCAUUAGAUGUUAAAACAGGGGUCUCAAACUCAAUUUACCUUAGGGCAGUGCCAGUCCUCAAAUCCUCCCAGGAGGCC